AAAUGUUUAACACCACCAGUUUGAACACUGCUGCUGUGUGUCGUCACUCUGCUUUGUGACCAAAGUCUAAGAAGAAAACAGUGAGUAGUGACUGUUACACUGCUACAGAGACAUGUUCUGUGUCCUCUCUUGAAUACGGCGUACCCCUAGCCUUUUGAAAACCGCUUUGGACUUCAUGACAAUUGGCUACCAUGACAACAGAGGCAAGUGCGGUGAGCGAGGCAAACACUGAGGGCAAGCAGAAGGCAAGCGGUGCCGAACCCGAACCCGAACCCGAGAACAAGAAGAAUCCGGAGGCAGCAGCAACUGAGCCAGAGGGGGAGCAGUCGAGCAAGAAAGCCCAGCAGCAGGCCUCUGAGCCUGGGCCUGCUGAUGUAGCCACCUCCCCUGAGGAGGAGCAGCUGAAACCUCGUACCCGGACCUCUGCUGGCAAAGGCCUGUCUCGCCUCUUCUCCUCUUUCCUCAAACGCCGCUCACAGUGCUCUGAGGGAGAGGGGUUUGAAGUAGAGAAAGCCAGGGAGGAAAAGGCAGACACAGAGGAAAAAACUGACAAAGUGGAAGAGGUGAAAAGUGAAGAGAAGGAAACUAAAGUAGACGAGGAAAAAUCUGAAGUUAAAGAAGUUAAAAAGAAAGAAGAAAAAGUAGAACAAAAAGAGGAGAAAAAGGAGGAAGAAAAAGUUGAGAAGAAGAGCAGUAAAAAGAAAAAGAAAGAAGCUAAGAAAAAAGCAGAGGAAAAGGAUGAAGAGGAAGUGAAAAAGGCAGAGGAGAAAAAAGUAGAGGAACCAGUGAAAAAGAAAGAGGAGCAAAAGGAAGAGGCAAAGACACAGCAGACCGUAGAAAAGGUAGAGGAAAAAUUGGAGCCAAAAGAAGAGGAUAAGAAGGAAACUGCUGAAGUUAAAGACAAGGGGGCAGAGGUCGGAAAGAAGGAUAGUAAAGAGGAGGGAAAAGUUGACAAGAAGGUGACAAAGAAAAAAGAAAAGGAGGAAAAGGUAAAGAAGAAGGAAGAGGAAAAAGCCAAGAGGAAAGCAGAGGAAGAAGAAAGGGCGAAGAAGCGAGAAGAAGAGAAAGAAAAGAGAAGAGAAGAAGAUAAGGCAAGAGAGGCCGAAAGGGCAAAGAAGAAAGAAGAGGAAAAGGAAAAGGUCAAAAAGAAGGAGGAGGAUAAAACGAAAGAGGAGAAGCCAAAAAAGAAAGAAGAAGAGACAAAUAAGACAGAAGAGGAGAAGGGUAAAGAAGAGAUAAAAAAGAAAGAGGAGAAAAAGAUAGAAGAAAAGCCGAAGAAGGAAGAGGAAAAGGGGAAGAAAAGAGAGAAGGGGAAGAACAAAGGAAAGAAGGAGACGAAAGGGCCAAGUGAGGAGCGGGUGAAAGCACCGAUUGCUGCUCCAGAGCCAGAACUUAAAACUGAGCCAGACAUCGAACAAGCUCCUGAUCAGCACUCACUAAGCAGCGCAGAGACACAGCCAGCUCAGGAGGAACCCAAGGAAGAAGCUGCGAUAAAGAAGGAGCCUGAAGUAGUUGAAGUGAAGAAGGAGGAGACAGAGAAAAAAGAGGAAGAACCAGCAAAACAGGAGAAGGAAGCAAAAGAAGAGAAGGAGGUGGCUAAGGAGGAGGUGAAGAAGGAGAAGCCUGCAAAACAAAAGAAGACUGAGAAGAAGGCAGAAGAGGCAAAAGGCUCCAAACGACAGAAAACCAUGGAAUGCAAAGUCACCUUACUGGACGACGCUCAGUUUGAGUGUGAGCUUGAUAAACAUGCUAAAGGGCAGGAACUUUUAACAAAAGUGUGUGACCACCUCAACCUGCUGGAGAAGGAUUACUUUGGCCUCGCUCACUGGGGAACACCAACAAACAAGAUAUGGUUGGAACCCACCAAAGAGAUCCGGAAACAGGUUCCAGGUGCUGUCUACGAGUUUACAUUUAACAUGAAGUUCUACCCUCCUGAUCCAGCACAGCUUACUGAAGACCUCACCAGGUACUUCCUGUGUCUCCAGCUGAGGAAUGACAUUAUGCGUGGUGUUCUUCCCUGUUCCUUUGUCACACUGUCCUUGCUGGGCUCCUACACAGCUCAGUCAGAGCUUGGAGAGUAUGACCCAGAACUUCAUGGAACAGACUAUGUCAAAGAUCUGAGUCUGGCCCCCGGACAAAGCAAAGAGCUGGAAGAAAAGGUUAUGGAGCUGCAUCGCACGUACAGGUCAAUGAGUCCAGCCCAAGCUGACAUGCUGUUUCUGGAAAACGCAAAGAAACUCGCCAUGUAUGGAGUGGACCUGCACCAAGCCAAAGAUCUUGAUGGUGUUGACAUUACACUGGGGGUUUGCUCUAGUGGUCUGAUGGUUUACAAGGACAAGUUGAGAAUCAAUCGUUUCCCUUGGCCCAAAGUUCUCAAGAUCUCUUACAAACGCAGCAGCUUCUUUAUUAAGAUCCGGCCGUCGGAGCAAGAGCAGUAUGAAAGCACAAUUGGCUUCAAACUGCCCAACUACAAAGCCUCGAAGAAGCUGUGGAAAGUUUGUGUUGAACACCAUACCUUCUUCAGGGUUCCAUCAGUGGAGCCUCCCUCGUCAAGCCGCUUCCUCGUUUUGGGCUCCAAAUUCAGGUACAGCGGACGUACUCAAGCCCAGACCCGCCAGGCCAGCUCCAUGAUCGACCGCCCAGCACCUCGCUUCACACGCUCAGCAAGCAAGCGUCUGUCCCGUAAUCUAGAUGGAGCAGCUGGAGAUGAGACUCUCCAGUUCCUGCAACAACUCUCAGCAUCAACCAGGUCUGAGGUUGAUGAUUGGUCGGUGAUGCUGGCUUCUGACCAACCCCAGCCAGCCCCUGAAUUCACAGUCAAAGGGGAGUCUGAGCAGAUAUUCAUUCAGUCCUGGGAGGAGGGGCAGCCUGUUCAAACGGUCACAGUAACCUUGCAGGACACUGGGCAGACGGGCUCUCAAACUAUCACUCAGACAGUCAGUCAGUCAUGGCUGGAACUGGCAUCUGAUGAGCAGCAGCAGAAGACAAAGGAAGAUGAGUGGUCUGUCCUGCUCCAUAGACACCCUCCUUUUCCUUUUGUCCCACCUUUUGACUUUGUGAAGCAGCCAGCUAAGCUCAGCUUGGCACAAAUUAGCUCUCUGGAUGGGCUAUUGCAACCUGCACUGAAACAGCAAGACGACUGGUUUUUGUACUUUGACCGAAUCUUCAGCCUGUCCAUGCUUGAGCGUGAUGAUAAACCUCCAUUCUCUCCUCCAGCCCAGUUCCAGCUCCAGGAGAAGAAUGAGCAGAUCACAAGUGUAAUAGAGCAGGAACUGACUAAUGAGGAGGUCAUUGAGAGGCUGCAGGAAAAAGUGAUCACAGUAGACAAGCUGAAAGAGGUGCAUGUUUUGGAAAAGAGGCUGAGGGAAGUGAGGGAUUUAGAGGAAAGGCUCCAAGAAGUGGAUGAGAUGGCAGAGAGACUCCAGGAAGUAAUAGAAGAGGAACUGGGGAAGGAAGAGGUAGCCAAGUUAAGAGAGGAAGAGAAGUUAGAGCAGGAAGAGAUCAAACAAGUUGAAGGUGUAACAGAAACAGUGGUGAAAAAAUAUGUGAGGAUGGAGACAAAUAAGGAAGAUGAAGUGGAUGAAUUGGAAGAUGAAAUAAAGCAGGUGUUUUUAAAAGGCUUGUUGCCUGAGGAGGAAGGAGAGACCAAGAUGAAGCAGGAGAUUGAAAAAGAGGUGACAGAGUUGAGUGUGUUAGAUGAUAGUUUGAGAGACAAGCUACGUCUGAUAGAAAAGGAAUGGCAAGACGAGGUGGAGCAGAAGUUUGGCUUUCCAGAUAUCAUCGGUGGCACCUCUGUAGUAACAUACCAGAAGGUGGAGCAAAUGAUUAAGAAGAAAGUGACAAUUGUAGAUGAUAGAGGGCAGCAGCAGGAAGAUGUGGAAAAUAUGCAGAUACAGUCUGGGGUAAUAUCAGAGAAGAUAUGGCGUAAGACAGAAAUACUGGAGGAGAGAACUCAGAGAGAAGUUACAGAGAGGUUUCAGGCCGAGGAUCAAUCUCAAGUGGAAGAUGAAGAUAUCUGGUUCGUACUUUUUGACCGCUCUCCAUACAAGGCUGUUGUCAAACCACCAGUUACCUCAGUCAAGCAUGUUCAGGUGGAUGAAGGAGAGCGUUUCACCUCAAAGACUGAGAUUACAACAGUCGAGGAGAAAAGGGACGUAAUAGUAGAAGAGAGAACAAUAAGAGAAGAAGAAAUAAGACUUAUGCCAGAGAUCCCACCACCACAGAAUAUCACAAAAAGAGAGGAUGACUGGUUUGUGCUACUGGAUGUUCUUCCGAGAGAAACCUCUUAUGUACCACCAGUGACCUUGAAGGAACAAGACCAGAUGGCCGCUGAACGUUUUGUCUCAGUGGUUCAAACUGCAGCAGAGGAAGAUAUUAAGGAAGUAGUAGUUGAAGAGAGAAAGAUAAUAGAAGAGGCACCAAGACAUCUUCAAAAAAUCCCACAGCAGCCUGUCAGAGAAAGAGAUGACGACGCGUUUAUGCAGCCAGUGAAAGAGAGAGAUGAUGAUUGGUUUGUGUUGCUGGAUGUUGUUCCCAGAGAAACAUCUUAUGUACCACCAGUCACCUUGAUGAAAAAAUACCAGAAGGAGCCUGAUCGUUUUGUGUCUGUGGUUCAAACUGCAGUGCACAAGGAGAUUAGUAAAGUAGUAGUUGAAGAGAGGAAGAUAAUAAUAGAGGCGCCAAGACAAGAAAUCCCACAACAGCCAGUAAGAGAAAGAGAUGAUGACUGGUUUAUGAUGCUGGAUGUUGUUCCCAGAGAAGCAUCAUAUGUACUACCAGUGGCUGUUGCAGAGCGUGUUGAUGUGUCCCCUGAAGAACGUGUCUCUGUGGUUGCAAUAACAUCAGUUAGAGAAAAAAGAGGGAAGGAUGUUGUAGAAGAAAAAGAAAUUAAACAAAAGCAGAGUCAAGAGCAAGUCAUAGCUCUGCCACAGGCUGUGAGACAAAUAGAAGAUGACUGGUUUGUGCAGUUGGAUAUUCCCACCAGAGAAUCAUCAUUUGUGCCACCAGUCACCAUGGCGGAGUAUGUUCAGGUUUAUCCUAAGGAGAGCAUUUUUACUGUGGCUAAGACAGUAGUAGUAGUGUCCAGGAAGGAGGUUGUAGUUGAAAAGAUGAUGGUGCAAAAAGAGGACAAGAAGCUUCCCAAGCAAAUAAUCCCAGAGCAGAAAAUAUCUCAGCCAGUCAGAGAAAGAGAUGAUGACUGGUUUCAGCUGCUGGAUGUUGUUCCCAGAGAAACAUCAUUUGUGCCUCCAGUUUCUCUCCCUCUACCAGCUAAAAUCUAUCCAGAUAUUCAACCUGUAAUUGAAGUGAAAAGAAAAGAGCAGAAACUGCCAAAGGUUGAUCUUGACCAGAUUAGACAGCAGCCUUCUCAGCCACUGCCAGAGAGAGAUGAUGAUUGGUUUGUGCUGUUUGAUGCUGUUCGUGAGGAGGCAGUCAUACGACCAUCAGUUGCUGCUGUUAAAAUUAUUCCGGAAAUGAGGAAGACAUUUGAGGUUGAGGUGACAACAACUGAGACUAGAACAUGGAAGAAGAUGAUAAUUGGUGUGGACAGCAGGCAAGAUGAGGCACGUCUGUCUGAAAUUAGACCGAGCCCAAUGGCACCAUCGUCAGAAAGAGAAGGAGGAUAUGAUUGGUUUAUCCUGUUCGACAUCAUCAGAGAAAAGACUGUUGUCAUACCACCAGUUGCUGUGGUUAAGCGUAUUGUGGAUGUGGCACCCAUUGAGCCAAAACAAAAAAUCAUCAUGAAAGAAUUGAGGCCACCUGUGAAGUUUGUGGAGAUCAAACCGCCACAACCAAGAGAGGUGGAUGAUGACUGGUUUGUGCUACUAGAUGUUGCAGCUAAAGCACCAGUGGCAAUGGCUGGGCCUGUCCGUAUGUAUCCUGAAGUGAGACCAUCUAAAAAGGUUGCAGCCAUAGAGCAGAGAGCACAGCAGAGAAUUACUAUAGUGGAGGAGAGAUGGCAGCAGGAGAAGAUGAUACAGCAGAUACAGCAGAUACCGCGACCAACAGUGAGAAAGGUGGAGGAUGACUGGUUUAUUCUUCUCGAUGUGGCCCCUAAGAAAUCAGUUGCUGCCCCUGAGCGCAUCCGAUUCCCGGCAGAAGUCAGACCUCCAACUGCUGAGACCAAAAAGAGGAUUGUUAUCUCUGAAACAAGACCUCAGUUUGAGAGACGAAUCUUGGAGGAGAGACGUCCUGUCGUGCACACACAUAUUAAUGAUGAUUGGUUUGUUCUACUUGAUGGUGGCCUCAAAGAGUCAGUGGUGAGCACACAGAGGGGUACCCGUCCUGUCAGUGCUCCAGUCUUCUCCCAGGCUGCCCUGGCAGAGGCAGGGAUCCCAAUGGCCCCUCUUGACCAGCCCCAAACCUCCACUCCAAUCAAGACAAGCCGCAAAGACGAAAGGAGGCUGGAGGUCACUGUAGAGGCUGUGGAGCCCUCAAAAACUGAGGCUGACAUCAAGCCAGCAGUGUGGAGGGACCAGAGAGAAGAGACUUCACUGAUAACCAGCAUCAAUGGGGACAUUCAGUCUGAGGUGGUGAGCACGGAAGUGGUGCGAAUGCGAAAGAAAAGAGCUAAGAGAAUUGAGGGUGACUCAAUUUAUAUCAGACAUAGCCUUUUAAUGUUGGAGGAGUUCGAUAAGACUAAUGAGGACGUGCUCAAACAUCACGCCAGUAUCAGUGAGCUGAAGAGGAACUUCAUGGAAUCUGUCCCAGAGUCUAGACCCAGUGAAUGGGACAAGCGUCUGUCCACACACUCUCCAUUCCGCACACUGGGAAUCAAUGGUCAACCUCUACCCAGUGCAGAUGGGAGUGUGUGCAUUAGUCCGCUAUGUGGUGGUUCAGAGACAAAAGCUGCACAUGUGGAAACCAGCAGCAAUUUGGACUUUUCAGGCAUACCCAGUCCCACUGUGAGACACAAGAGUGGGCCUGAUAGUGUUGAAGCCCACGAUGUUCCUGUUGAGGAGGAGUCAUAUCAGGAAGCGGUUGUAGUUUUUGAGACCUCCUUGGUACCCAUCGUGGAGGUGGAGAUGGCGCAGCCGCCUCCCUCAAUCAGCCUAUCCAGUAAAGAUUUAGAUGAGAUCCAGGAAGAAGAAGGAUCAUAUCCCGGAGUGUCGGAGGGCUCUGGGAGGAUAGUUGGAUGUUCCCCAGCCUCCUAUUUCAGGAGUGAUGGCCCACAGGUCAUACGCUGCUUCCAGCCCCCUCUGGUGCAGACCCAGACAGUCACCAUCACAGCUGUCUCCAACUCCUUACCCAGUGGCAUCUCCACCACAGAGGUCCCUAUCGUCCCGACCAAGACCUUCACCUAUGAGUCUUCAAAGGUGACAGUUGAUGGAACAGAUGAGGAUAAAGAUGGCACCACUGUGUCCAGCUCCAAGACCGUUAGCUCAGAAACCACCAGUGGCACCACAGUCACCACCACUACCACUCACAUCUCAAAGGUAGUGAAAAGUGGUUCUUCAGAGACUCGUGUGGAGAAGAGAAUCGUCAUAAAUGCAGACUCUGAAAUCGACCAAGAUAAGGGGAAAGAUGGAGGAGCAUCAUCAUUGUAACUGAAUCACCACCUUCAUUUAUUCCUUUGACUCCACCUUCCCGGAUUCCUUCAUCAGAGUGCAGCACUCAACACACACUGGCCAGCUCAAUCAGCACACACAUAUCUGAAAAGAAAUAUCUCACAAAUCUGCAUCUAAAGCUAUGAAGAACUUGGUAGAUAAAUCUCAGUAGAUCCCCUUUGUUUGUUUUUUUCUUUUUUCAGUUGAGCAGUUUUAUCGUAGGUAAAGGAGGGCUGCACAGUGCUCAAGUUUGAAAUGAUAAUCUUAUCCUGGUGUUUGAAAAGCUUAGUGAAUACAUGUUUAUUGGGGGUUUUUUUAAAACAGCAUUUUCAGUUGAGUGAUCUCAGUUAUGUUUGCUUUUAAAUGCUUUUUAUUUUCCUAGUGGUUUUUACAUUGUUCAUUUUAUACAAAUGCACUCUUUCAGUUUUAGUUUAGACACCAUUAUCAGCAUUUAUUCCCUUGGUGCUGCUAGGGGAACGUUAAGACUACAUUCAAGGGAACUCUUUGAUUUUUGUUUACUUAUGUAUUUAAUUCAGGAGAGACAUUUUUUUAAUUAAAUGACAUACCUCACAUUAAUAUGUGGACAGAGAUAUUCUGUGCUCAAAUUUGGACAGCUUGUUCACUGCUCAGGUACAAAAACCUUAAAUCUUUUACUUCCCCGACCAGCAAAGAACCAGUAGCCUACACAUCAUUGUAAAGUUUGAAUUAAAAAUUGAUCUAUUUUGAAAUAUUUCUCUAUUUUAUAGAAUUAAUGCUUUUAUAGUAUUUGUACAAAUUGAGGUUUUUAAGUUAUUCAUAUCCAUCUGCUCAUUUAAUUGUACGUUACCAUUGUGCUGUUUACUUAAUUUUUUUAGGUCUCUAUUUAAGACCUCCUUAACUGUCUUGCCUGACACCCUGAAUCAUUCUUAUUCGUUUCCUCUUGUAGUCCACCAAGUUUAUCAGACCUUUAACAAUUUACAAAUGACCCUAGAGUGCUUCCCUCAGCCCCAUGUUUUGUUCAGUAGCGUAGAAGUCAUAAUUGCUUUGAAUAUAUUUGGUUGAUAAAAGUUUUACAAGCUUUGGUCUGUUUAUCUCAGGUUUUGAUAUUCUUUGUAAGACUACAGACCUCCAUAUGAUUGUAUGAGGAAUGUUCAUAUAUGUAUAUCCAUCCCUACUUUAAAUGUACAUUUAUGUUCAGCUAAGUGAGGUCAAAUAUAAAAGCUUGUCUGUGACAGUAACCAUGAGUUUAAGAGGUGAAGGCAGCUGUCCAAGCAUAUGUGGCUUUUCUCUCAUAGGAGCACAAUGUCUUUUUUUUCUUUUUCUUUUUUACAUGUUCUACUAUACAGUAAUUUAUUUGUAAAGUAGGGACUGUUUAAUGUAAUUUGAUGUACUGUGAUGUUUCAACACAAGCUGGUUUCCAGGCUUCCACUAGAGAUGUCACAAUGUGAAAUAUUACAUUCAUCAUCAUCAACAAAGUUUGUAACGCCUUUUUAUCACGUAGUGGAAGUAGAUCGCUCUCUCACUUGCUGUUUCCUGUACUUUUCAAUAGAAGAGAGAAUGUUUAAAAUAUAUAUGAAUCCCUAUUAGAUAGCAUGUUUGUUAGCAAACCUUUUUUAAUCUCAAACAGAAGCCAUUGGUAUUGUAGCUACAUGGACAUCAGAUCUCAACCUCUCCUGGAAGAAAAUGUAGAAUUUCACAUGAAAAAAGAUAGUUUUUAGACAAUGGAAAAUAUUGUUGCUUUGUGACUUAUCCCUGUCUUUUUAUGAAAAAAUAAAACAUGCAUUAUUUUGCA